GUUUCUUUCUCAAAGCAUGCAGAGCACUCUGAGUCUGAUUAGAAGUAAAGCCUUUGAAAUUUCAGUUUUGGAAAAGCAAAAAACGAAUAAUAGUUUCCUUGUAUCAUUAAGAACUGUUUCUCGACUGAUUGUUUUGUCCUGUGAUUGUUUUUUUGAAGUGACAGAAAGUAGUACUUUCAUGGAAAAACUCUCGGAGUCUGUGGUGGAGUGGAACAAACUGACUCAGUUAAAAAACCCAAGUGAACAGCGUCAUAUCAUAUUAAAUCUCGAUGUAUGGAUUACGAUUAUGGAUAAGAUUAAAGUUGAAUUUAAGGAUUUUCGUGAAGAAGUAGCUCAGAUAUAUUUCAUCCUUGGAACUAUAACUCUUGGUUCUGAAAGAUUCAAGCGGUUUAACAGGGCUGUUCUUUUCAGUCCUGUUGUUUUCUCUCUUCCGGUUUUUGAAAAACUGUCUGAAGUUGCCUUUGGGUUUACUGAGAUCAACAGGUUUCUUAACAGAGUUAACUACAUGAUAGAAAAGCUCAUAGAGGAUUAUGACAGAGAUGAACUAGACUCUUUGAGCAUGAGCAUGUCUAAAAUUCUUAUGAGAUUUAAUGAAGUCUUCCAAGAGGAGAAAAGCCAUCACCACUAUUCCCCCAAGUCACUGCCUUUACGACUUAUCAGGAGAGCGUUUUUAGGUUAUUGGAUGGUGUACCACAAAUUUGAAAAUGAGAUCUAUAUGGGCACAACAGAGACUGAAAUAGAGAGUGUAUGGAUUAAUGCGAAGAAAAUCAUCAUUAAUGAGAUGGUGAAAAGUAAAGCAUUUACUCGACAACAGCUUCAAGAAGCACCAAAACUAGACUCUUUGAGCAUGAGCAUGUCUAAAAUUCUUAUGAGAUUUAAUGAAGUCUUCCAAGAGGAGAAAAGCCAUCACCACUAUUCCCCCAAGUCACUGCCUUUACGACUUAUCAGGAGAGCGUUUUUAGGUUAUUGGAUGGUGUACCACAAAUUUGAAAAUGAGAUCUAUAUGGGCACAACAGAGACUGAAAUAGAGAGUGUAUGGAUUAAUGCGAAGAAAAUCAUCAUUAAUGAGAUGGUGAAAAGUAAAGCAUUUACUCGACAACAGCUUCAAGAAGCACCAAAUGACUUUGUUGAAGGCCUGCGCCAGUUUCUGAAUGAAAUUAAGCAGACUGAUCCCCUGGCUGAUGGCUUUGAGGAAUUGAUUGAUCCAAUUACUUUGAGCUUGAAGAGGUGGAUGUACAUUUCUAACAAAAUAAUAUGUGACACCUGGGACCUGCUGUUGGACUAAACUCUCUCUGUGUGUGAAGGGAAUGGCAGAAUUGCGACUGCUGUCAACAAGCAGGAUCAUUAGAUUAGAUUAGACAACUUUAUUGUCAUUACACAUGUACAAGUACAAUGCAAUGAAAUGUAGUAUCAUACCAGCUAUGUAUAUUCAACAAUUAGCCUGCUCUUAUUGAGAAGCGUAGCUGCACCGAUUUCAGGUUAAUUAUGGGAGUUAAAACAAAUUAUGCUUUGUGCUGAAAAAGUAGCAAGUUUUUGUGGAAGACAAAAUUUAAUUUCAAAGUAACCUCGAAGGACCAUCCUGGAGAAGCAAGUGAAACUGAUCAUUUAGUCAAUAGCAGACAAAUUAGGAGCUGUGCCUCAUGUAAGUGUUCCUCUAGUACACAGGUGGUGUAACACUGUAUUCUUCAAUAAGUUCUUCAAUAAAUGUUUGCUGUCUACCUGCA